AUGAAUUCGAUCAACGGUGUUUCCACUUCAUCACUUUUAUCUGUUUCUACCACACAGUCAUCGUCGCUCAUUACCAUUCGGAAUAAUGAUAAUCGAAUGAAACCGAUUGCCUAUUGGCGUCUACUAAUUUCACCCAUGAGUUGGUUUCAUUGUUUUCAAUUGCUUUAUCAAACGCAAUCAUAUUGUCGUCGUAAAUCUCUUAUCUAUUAUUUAACUAUUACUAGUUUAUUAUUUCUAUUAGCUUCAUGGUGUACAUUAUAUUGGUAUAUUAAUUCUGAUAGUGGACUGUAUUUAACUUUGUUGGCAGAUGUAUCUGCUGGACGAAUAAAUAUAACGGAUGCUAAACAUGAAUUUACUAAGAUCUUUUGGCAAACAUCAAUAAAAGCAUUAUUUAUAGGCAUUUGUUUUGGUUUAAUUAUGUUGUGUCAAACGUGUCUUGCUGCACAAUGGCGACAACGUUUGUGUGAUCAAUUUCAUCGUUUGUUGUUUACAAGUAGUUCGAAUGGAAGUGUAUUGUAUUACUCGUCAAUUUCGACCACUGAUGAUUUAUCAACAAUACUAACAAAUGAUAUUCGUCAAUUUACUACUCAUAUGUGCAUAGCUCUAUUUGGUUCAUUAUAUUUCAGUGGUUUUAUAUCAAUCACUUCAUCUAUAAUCGCAUUCAGUAUUUGGAUAUAUAAACAGACACAAGGUGAUUAUAUUGGUUUAGUGAUUAUGUUUGGAACAUUUUUUAUUUGUACAAUUUUCAUAACAAUAAUUAGUAAUAAAUUCAACAUGAUCACAGCUCAACAAUCAAGACUAAAAGGUGAAUUACGUUCCUUUUUACAACGAAUACAAAUAAAUAGUGAAUCCAUUUCAUUCUAUACAAGUCAAUUAGUUGAACAUAAAUAUUUUAAACAAUUUCAAAUUAGUGUACAUAAAUAUAAUUUAUUAGCAUCAGUAUGGUAUGGAAUUGUUAAUUUACCAUUGAGUAUGAUGGCUUCGUUAAGUGGAUUGAUUACAUAUGUUCUACCGGCAGUACUCUUCUUCUUUAUCCGAACACCACAAUCGCAAACACCGACAGCAGCAACAAAAUAUAUUGGUAUAAUUGCCUUCUAUGGCUAUGUAUUUGGUCUAAUGACAACUCUCGUAUGGAUAACAGAAUCGAGUUUAAUAGCAGUUACAAUGGGUCAUCGUAUUCGACAAGUGAAACAGCGUCUGGAAUAUCUAGCUAAAUAUCAUCGACAACGUUUAGAAGAUGAAGAACGGCAACAACUGCGUGUGUACAAUAACAAUGAAUUUUCGUUUGAAAAUUUGACUGUGUCUAUACCACAACCGAUAGAAACAGUUGUUCUACAACGUAAUUUAAAUAGUUCAAUUCGACGCAAUGAAAAUCUGCUGAUUAGUGGAACAACCGGUUGUGGUAAAACAAGUCUGUUUCGAAUAUGCGCUGGUCUGUGGCCAAUACAGGCAAAUUAUUUAGAAAUGCCUGAACGACAACAAAUGUUGUUCGUAUCACAACGACCCUAUUUACCUAUAGGAUCAUUGAGAUUUCAAACUGAAUUUAUGUUAAAUUUAAAAUCAAGAAUAACGACAAGAGUAAAUUUGACUUAUUUUGAUAUACAAAAAUUGUUUCAGUUGGUCAAUAUGGAUUAUCUGCUGGAACGAUACGAUUUAGAUGAGGUGAGUAGCGUUACGACUGCUUUUGGUUAAAGAUAAAAAGAAUGGAAGAUUCGUUUUUCGUUGGAAAAGGAGCAUAUCAACGAAUUCAAUAUUUUCUCGAUUUUUCCUUCCUUUCGAGAAAUACAUUUAUAACAAUCAAAAAGCCGUUAGAUUUAUUGGGAACGACAUUUACUUUUAUCGGUGUAGAAGGAAUAUAUAGAAAGUAUUUAUCUAUUUUACGUGAGAUCGACAGCCUAGAGUUCGUACUAUUCACUUUCAAAAAGCAAGAACAGGAAUGAGUGUGUAGAAUUUAUACAGUCAGUCUUUAUGGGAACAUUGUGAUCUUGAGUGUAAACGUCAUUUAUGUUAGUCUUCUCUUCUCUUCAAUGACCGAAUGAUAAAAGAAACUGAAGUAAGAGUAUUUGUCUAGCUGAUGGAUUGGAUUCACAUAAGAGGCAGAGACUUUCUAACAGAUUUUACCACAGUGCACACUAAGACUGCAGAAAAACAUCAAAUACAGGAAAAAACAGAAUACAAAAACAGGACAAAUACGAAGCCUGCGGAUAAAUACUGAACAGAGUUACUUGCUUUUCCUAUGCCGCUAAACGCGUAUUGAACAAAGCUGAUGGUGGUGUUUGUUUGGGUUAAAGAUAAAACAGAUUCGUUUUUCGUUGGAAAAGGAGUAAAGAAUUCAAUAUUUUCUCGAUUUUUUCUGUCCUUUCAAUAAUACAUUCGUAACGAACAAAGAAUAGUUAGAUUUAUUGGGAACGACAUUUAUUUUUAUUGGUGUAGAAGAAAUGUAUAGAAAGUAUUUAUCUAUUUUACGUGAGAUCGGCAGCCUAGAGUUCGUACUAUUUACUUUCAAAAAACAGGAAGAGGAUUUUUCCCCUUCGAAAAACAAGAAAGUUAAUGAUUUUUUUUCAGAAAUACAGGAAACUAGCGAAUGUAGAAAAAUAUCAGAUGAGAUUUAUCAUAAUGUGUUACAAAAAUACUGUAUUGCUAGACAUAAACUAAAAAUUCACGUAACGUUAUUUAAAAAAUUUUAUACAGCAUUCAAACUUACGAGGAAAGGACACCAAGUGAUAAACCGCUUCUAGCUUAAAACUUAGCGAACAAUAGGUAAUCGAGUGUGCUGAUUCCGAAUACUAACAUGAGACGGGCCGCUAGGCCUCCAAAGACU